AUGGCCCCGCACCGCAUCCAUAUCGCGGUCCUAGACGCCGACGUCCCCUGUCUGUCCGUCUACGUCAAACGAGGCCUCUACAGCUCCCAAUUCCGCGUCCUCCUCCAAGCGGCCGCAAACCGCCUCAACGAACGAGCCGAGAUCCCUCUCCAAAACGGCCCUCUAGCCGUACACAUCACGGCCUUUGACCCCGUCGGCGGCUCACUGCCACCUCUGGACUCCCUCCGCACACACCCACGUACCUCGACCGAACUCCAAAAUGGACCAUUCGGUGUCAUCGACGCUAUCCUGAUUACCGGAUCGGCCGCGUCGUCGUAUGACCCGUUACCCUGGAUUGCGGAGGUACAAUCAUUCAUCCAAACGGUGCAUGCGAAGUACCCGCUCGUGAAGAUAUUCGGCUCUUGCUUCGGUCACCAAAUUAUCGCGCAAGCACUGCUUUCCACGCCUACGAGUCGCGCAACUAUAGACAACACAUUCAAUGUCCAGCCCGCACAGACGGGCUUCGAAAUGGGUAUUCAACCCAUUACCCUGGACCCUGCAUUUACCACGCAUUUCCCGCCGCUAGCCCGUGUAUCCUCCACGGGACCCUUCCGCAUCCAAUUGAUCCACGGCGAUCAAGUGCUUCCCACCCCGCAAGCCGUCGCGGCCGCUACAUCUGCAGGACAGACAUCCGUCUCCCUACCUCCGCCGUGGAUGAAUAUCGGCGCGAGCGCGGCGUGUCCAAUCCAGGGAUUAUACUACCCCGGUCGAAUCCUGACGUAUCAGGGUCAUUUUGAAUUUGAUACGCUUGUGAAUAGCGAGCUGACGCGGGAAUUUGGGAGGCGUCAGGGCUGGCCCCAGGCUGUCGUUGAUAAGUAUGAACGUCAGAUUAAUGUCUCGAGGGUGACCGGAAAGGAUGACGAUGAUGAUUCUAAGGCUGCGGCGGAGGCGGUGGUGCUUUUCUUUGCGGGGAUAGAUCAGACCCCGAAGUUUGAGAGUGUGCAGGUUACCGAUGGAUUGAUGACGCCGCCACUGGAAGAGACUUCGGGUGUAUUACAAGGCUGA